AUGACUAGGCACGGGGGUGCCAAAGGCAAAGGGGAUGCUGAAGGCUACACAAAGUGUGCAUGUUGCAAGGCGUUGUUCCUAGGCAUGGAGGUGCCGAAGGUGACACAAAGUGUGGCUAGGCACGGGGGUGCCAAAAGCACAAAGCUUGCAUGUCGCAAGACAAUGUGCUUAGACACGGGGGUGCCGAAGGAAAAAGGGUUGCCGAAUGAGAAGUUGAUCAAAUGGGUGCCAAAGGGCACUGAAGAAAGGAAGAUCAACAAAGGCUUCUUGUGUUGA